GCAGCCGCCGGCGGUGAGGCGGAGGCUCCGGCCGCGGCCCAGUCCCCCUCGCCCUCCGGGGAGGCGGUGCUGCUGUACCGGGACAAGUCGAACCUGUACCCGGGCGGCGUGCAGGCGGGACCCGGCGGGGCCGCCCUGCGCCCCAACGGGCAGACGAAGUGGCUGGUGCCGCAGCGGCUGGCGCUGGAGUACAUCGUGCCCUGCAUGAACAAGCACGGCAUCUGCGUGGUGGACGACUUCCUCGGCAAGGAGCUGGGCGGGCUGGUGGCCCAGGAGGUGCGGGCCCUCCACCACACCGGCCGCUUCACCGACGGGCAGCUCGUCAGCCAGAAGAGCGACUCCUCCAAGGACAUCCGCGGCGACAAGAUCACCUGGGUGGAGGGCAAGGAGCCGGGCUGCCAGACCAUCCGGCUCCUCAUGAACAGCAUGGACGAUCUCAUCCGACACUGCAACGGCAAGCUGGGCAACUACAAAAUCAACGGCAGGACGAAAGCUAUGGUGGCUUGUUAUCCAGGCAAUGGGACAGGAUAUGUGCGCCAUGUUGAUAAUCCAAAUGGAGACGGAAGAUGUGUUACGUGUAUAUAUUAUCUUAAUAAAGACUGGGAUGCCAAGGUAAGUGGAGGCAUCCUUCGAAUAUUUCCAGAAGGUAAAGCCCAAUUUGCUGAUAUUGAACCCAAAUUUGAUAGACUGCUAUUCUUCUGGUCUGAUCGCCGCAACCCUCAUGAAGUACAGCCAGCAUUUGCUACAAGGUACGCAAUAACAGUGUGGUAUUUUGAUGCAGAUGAAAGAGCACGAGCUAAAGUAAAAUAUCUAACAGGUGAAAAAGGUGUGAGGGUUGAACUUAAUAAACCUUCUGACUCAGUUGGGAAAGACGUUUUAUAAGCCUUUGAUUUAGCAACUCCCCUUGCUAUUCUCCCUGAUAAAUCUUGAUGCUAUCUAUUAACUUUUGAAUGUGAAUAACAAGAUAAAGGAAAAUCAACAACAAAACAACAUUUUAAUAAAGAAGCAAACAGUGUUUCAAUGUUGCAUCAAAUAGAAGAUUCUUUGACUGCUGAAGCAUUGUACUAUGUGAUUGUGACUCCAGGCCUGUGACUGCUUAUGUGAAGAAGAUAAGCAAUCAGUAAGAAACAGCAUAUGCAUCUGGACAUAAAUAAGUGCCCUACAUAGAAUUUGUUCAUCCUUAUAUUUUGCCAGACCUGUCAUCCAGCUGAAUCCAAUUCAUCUCUCCUUUUUUUAUAUGGUAAAAGUUUGAAUUUUGGGUAAUUUUUGUAUGACCAGGUACAGUUUAUCAAAAUUGAGUCUUAAAAAAAAGAAGAAAAACUGAAAAAAAAAGAAAAAAAUUUUCAGUAUUCUCCAAAAUAACAUGGAUCUAUUUUUGUAAAACUGUUGAUACUGUUCUCCUCUGCCAUGAAAGACCUAAUUUAAUGUAAGGGUUGCCAGUAACUGAUAAUCACUUUAAUUUUCUUUACACCUUAAGUCAGAAAAGGAGCACUUUAAUUACCAGCUAAGAACCUGAUUGUUUUAUAUCAUAUCUCACACUAAUCUUAACUUUUAAAGAUUGCUGCUGUAUUGUUUUUUUGACUAUGUCCUCUUGAACCUUAUUAACAGAAGCAAAUCAGUAUCUCGCUAUUAGUAACAUUCAGUUUGUGGUUUUGUAUGGAAGUUUCUGUCUCUGUUUUGUUUAUUUUUGGUUUGGUUUUUGGGUUUUUUUUUUUGGUUUGUUUGUUUAAGUGACUGGCACUAAGUGAACUUGACACUAUCGGUUGCUGUCAUUGGCUUUGGGGACCUGGUAAAUACCAUCAAGUUACAAAAAUAUACAAGGGCUUUCCUAGGCUAUUAGAGGUACCCAGAACCUCCUUAUGUACUUGACGGGAAAUUUUGAGCUUUCUCCCUUUUCUAAAGAAUACUUGCCACCCCCCUUUCCUUUGUAUAUAAGUUAAUAGAAUAUCUAAAAUUCACAUUAUUUUUUUUUUUUCAUUUCCUUUUCAAAUGUUGGUGUCCCAAGCAGUCUGUAAAUUGACACCUUGAUCUAUUAUAUAGUAUCAAGGAGAUGGUCAGCACACUGAAGCUGAAGUGCAUCACUGUAGGCUCCUUGUGCAAUACAUCUUUAGGUUUUCACUGUGCUGAAGGAUUUCCCCAAAAAGGCACUGCCCUUUGAUCAAUACUGAGGUAUAUAUUUAGUAAGAAAACUUUUAUUUUCUUUGACAUUGUUUUCAUUUUGUCAAGGAAAUGGGACAUCACAGAAUAAAAGUGAAAUGUGCAGAAACUUUGAUAUUCUUAUUUUUAAGAAAUGGAUGGUUUGGACACUGAUUUAUUUUUUUUCCUCCUUUUUCUUUUUUUUUUUUUUUUUUUUUCCUGAGCUUUAAAAGCUUGAGAAAACAAAAACAAACCUAUAAAAGACAGCAUUCAUAUUUACAGGAGUUUGGGGGUUGAUCAGCUUACCCACUGCAGUUUUCUAUCUGUCCCUUAUUUCCUUACUUAGCCAAAACAAUGUGAGUGUACAGAAAUAUUUCUGUAUAUAUUACAACUUGUGACAAUUUUAGCAUCUGUAUAGUUUGUAUUCAAUUAGAGACCUUUUCUAUGGAAAGCUCAGUAAUUUUUUAUUAAAAAGAUUACUAUUGUUCAUGUAAAACAUGAAAAAGCUAAUUGUUUAGUAACAAACUGACAGAAAGGGGAAAAAAUUCAGUAUCGGUAUAUCAUUUAGGAGAACCAACAGAAAUCCCAGUUUUGUUUUGAUUUCGCUUUUCCUUUUUUUAGCAAGUUCUUGCCCUUUACAGUUCUCUUCCUCUUUCCUCUUUUCUUCCCAGAAAAACAGACAGGAUACCUUUACUGUAAGUGCCUCUGCCAACCUGGCCAAGGAGUGCAAAUCUUCAUUACUGUCUGGUCUGCAGUGCAUUUAGGCUACCAGUGAAACAAGCAAAAAAGCCACCUCUUCCACUUCAUCUUCUUUAGUUCUACUUUAACAGAGGUUUGGUUGGUUUUGUUUUAGAAAUGUAAGCAUAAGCCUUUAAACUCAUUUCAGUCCCUCUGUAAUUCAAACUUCUGCAGUUACACGGCAUAUCAAAUUCUAAUCACACUGUAGGUUUGUGCUUGCCAGACAGGUUUUAAAAAGUGCUUAAUUUUUUCACUCCAUGUAAGUCAUUACAAUAGGGUCAACAAAUCAGGUCAGCCAUUUCUUCCAUGUCCUUUAGAAACUGUUCAUUUCAUGUCGGUUGAAUAUUCAGUCUUGAGCAUCACCAAGCAGGUCGUUGUUUUAAAACUAUUUUUUAAACUGUCUUAUGAUCUGUACGUGUCUAGUCCUGGUUAAAGAUAAAGCUUCAUAAUGCUAUUUUUAUUCAUGAUGUUAGCCAGCUGUAAAAUAUGAGACCUUUAUCUAUAGCAGGCAAAGAAAUUCAGGAUUCAUUUACAGGUUGCCUAUAAAGUUGUGUAAUUUGAAAAGCAGUGUUCAUUAUGAGAGAGCUCUCAAGUUGCUUGUAAAGCUAAUCUAAUUAAAAAAGAUGAUGUAUAAAGGUUCUUGAAA